UCUAAAAUCCAGCCUCCCCUACAACUCUCUCUCUGUCUCUCUCUCUCCCUACUCUCUUUCCUGUAUAGGAUGGAGUUUGGUAGGCUAAGGAGUUAUCUUCUGCUGUUUCUGUGCCUCGCUGGUCCCUGCAACUCUGAAAUACCUCCAAAAUACACAUUCUUGAAGAAUGCAACCGUAGCUCCACUCAUCUCCUACUACGACUACAUAAUCAUCGGCGGCGGAACAGCCGGGUGUCCCCUGGCGGCUACCCUCGCGGAAAACUUCAACGUCCUCCUCCUCGAACGCGGCGGAUCACCUUACGGAAACAACAACAUAACUAACAAAUUUUCCUUCGUCGACACUCUCGCCGACCUCUCUCUGACAUCGGCGUCGCAGCGAUUCGUGUCCGAGGACGGCGUUAUAAACGCCCGAGCACGUGUGCUCGGCGGCGGCAGCUGCCUGAACGUCGGGUUUUAUACUCGAGCCAGCCUGGACUAUGUUCGUCGUGCCGGGUGGGAAGACAGGCGGCUCGUUAAUGAGUCUUAUGGGUGGGGCGAGCGGCUGGGUGCGUUGGGGAUGUUGCAGUGGCAGUCGGCGGUGAGGGACGGUCUACUGGAGGCUGGCGUCACGCCGUACAAUGGAUUCACCUUUGACCACAUCUACGGGACGAAGGUCGGGGGAACAAUCUUCGAUCGAGACGGGCACCGGCACACGGCGGCGGACCUGCUGUCGUACGCGAACCCAUCACGGCUAACGGUUCUUCUACGAGCGACGGCGUCGAAGAUACUGUGGAAUUUGAAGGGGAGGAAUAAGGCGGCGGCAAGGGGCGUGUUGUAUAGGGAUGAGAUUGGGAGGUGGAAGAGGGCGUACGUGAAGAGAGGGGGUGAGAUUGUAGUGUCUGCGGGGGCGAUUGGGAGUCCGCAGUUGCUGAUGCUAAGCGGCGUGGGGCCCAAAGAAGAGUUGGAGAAGUUGGGGAUAAAGGUGGUGGUGGAUCAGCCGAUGGUGGGGAAGGGGAUGUCCGAUAAUCCCAUGAAUGCUAUAUUUGUGCCGUCGCCGUCGCCAGUAGAGACGUCGCUGAUACAGGUGGUGGGGAUUACGAGGUUUGGGACUUAUGUCGAGGCCAUUAGCGGUCAGUUUUUGGCUAGUCUUGCUGGUGGUGGUGCGGUUCCGACGGCGGCGAGGAAUUUUGGAAUGUUUUCGCCUCAGACGGGGCAGCUCUCCACCGUUCCCCCAAAGCAGAGAACACCGGAAGCCAUUGAACGCGCCGUUAAGGCCAUGAACAGCCUGGAUGAAUCCGCCUUCCGUGGCGGCUUCAUCCUCGAAAAGGUCAUGGGACCGCUCUCCGCCGGCCACCUGGAGCUCAAAACCCUCAACCCCGACGACAACCCUUCCGUCACCUUCAACUACUUCAGCGACCUGCUCGACCUCCGGCGAUGCGUCGAUGGCCUCAAGAUCAUCGAGAAAGUCAUAGAGUCCAAAGCCUUUGCCAAAUUCAGGUACCCAUUCAUCACCGUAGGGGCUCUGCUUAACAUGACGGCGAGCUUUCCGGCGAACCUGGUCCCGAAGCACGACAACGACUCGGUGUCUUUGGAGCAGUACUGCAAGGAUACGUUGGUGACGAUGUGGCAUUACCAUGGAGGGUGCCAGGUGGGGAGAGUUGUUGGUGGGGAUUAUAGAGUCUUUGGGGUUGAUGGCCUCAGGGUUAUCGACGGCUCCACCUUCUAUGAAUCGCCGGGGACCAAUCCUCAGGCAACCCUCAUGAUGCUCGGAAGGUACAUGGGCGUUAAGAUCCUACAGGAGAGGCUACCAGCAAAACCGGGAGCCUAAUGUCAUAUGUGCAAUGGGAAGCUGGAACGUGCUUUUUAAGUUUCUGUUAUCAAACGUGUUAUUGAUCAGUCUGC